CAGCAAUAUUCAUUAAUUUUUGAAUUAAAUCGUCUCUAUUCUUGAGCCAUAUAUAUUUUUUAACCAUUUGAUAAUGCUGCAAGUACAGAGCACUCUGCCUGUAAAUGCGCUCACACGCAUAUUCGAGUACCUCUUCUGGCAGGGCGCUCCUGGCCACAACACGCUUAGCUCCUUGCCCACAGGCCAUCUCUCUAUCGUUGCCAGCCUACAAGUCAGCCAUGCUUGGCGCAAACGUGCAGCCCGGCUUUUUUACGGCACCGCAGCCAUCAUCAUCAAUGACGAUGACAAUGAUGACCCUCAAAUAAUGGAACAUCACAAAAACAGCUCAGACUCGUUUAUUCACUGUGUGCGUACAAAUAUUCAGCUGAUUCUAGAGAGUGGCUACGCGCCCAAAACCUUUUGUCUCCUGGUAUGCAUGCGCGCACCUUCGAAUGCCACGAGCAUAUUCAGAGCACUUGAGUACAGCCAGUUUGUGGGCUUUGAAUGGCCAUCUAUCCACACCUUGUAUUACUACGACCCACAUUUGCCCAAGAGUCCCAAUAAAUGGAGUGAGCUGGAGCAUGAUCAAGCUAUAAUCCAAAUAAGCCAUGUGUUGACUCGGAGCAUGCCCAUACUACGGAACAUUUGUGCGUUGUCAGCGAUGCACGAUAGCUUUGGGUUGUUUGUACUUGAGGAUCUGGUUUCUGUCAGACAACACCAACUUCAGAAACUCGAGGCACUGGCCAUAUCAACUCAGAUGCUUUUCUUUGUUCCAAAAAUACAGGAACUGCCGAUGGAUCUGACACAUCUUACCAUACGCGCACCUCAAAGCCACACUGUUCUACAAGUGCCAUUGACCAUGGCCAAGUCGCUCAAAUGGCUGGACAUUGGCCCUAUUGCCGCCGACUCUAUCUGGUCAUCAUUUUUUAGCGGCUCCGAGGAUAUAUUCGAGAGCCUUUAUCAUUUGCGACUUGAAUUUGGCCAGAGUCCCAGACACAAGCAAGGCUGGCUAAGGCAUCAACACACAGAGUCUGGCAUCAUUGAAUCGGUUGUAGGCAAUAUUUACCCGCUUUUUCCCAAGCUCCAUUCAUUAGAUGUAAGUACCUACCCACACAAUGUUGCACGCUUUUUGGAAAACUUUCCGCGUGCACAGCUCCGCCAGCUUUCUAUCGACAAGUGCCCGGGGACAUGCGACCAGCUGUCGCUUGAGCCCUUCACAGGGCUUGUAUUCUGCCGCAUUGACAUUGCUAAAAAAGGCUUGACAGGCGAAGUAGACAAGCAUUCGGCCGAGCACUGGGUUUGUAAUACAAUGUCGCUGAAGCUUCCACGCCUUGCUUCACUCACAGUUACCACGCCAACAACCGAUUUCGAUAUGGAAAUCGGAGUACCCUCAGGAUCAACGCUCACUUCACUGAAAUACCUCACCUUGGACAUUGGCCUGCGCCUGGAUGAGCUGGAGGAGCUUCUUAUCAGCCUGCCUCUUCUCACACACCUCUGGGUAACUGUUGCAGAAGUGCCAACCAAGGCGCAUGAGUACUUAAGCCGCAAGACAAGACAUAAAAAAUAUCCACAUGGGGGAGACAAAAUGUUUAGCAAACACAGGGUGAUUAGCACCAGCUUGGAGUUUUUGUUGGUGAGGAUGUCCAAGUCGCUAAUUUCCGGUCGUCGCCGAAACAGGGCAUUGGCUAAAACUGCGUGGUUGAUGGCGAGGAUUCCUUCGAUUUUGCGUUUUGCCAUACAUCCCGAGCUAGAGCAUGAGAUGCAAGAGUGUGUCAAGCAGGCAGCGGCUGAUGCUACGGGUCCACUGGAUACAGGGCAUUUAGCAAAAUUGCAAAUUGUUUUUAUAUAGACUAUUAGUAGGACAUGUGCGAGAUUAGUGAAUAAUAAAAUUUAAACAAUCAACUUUUUAUUUAUUCAAAUAAUAUAUACACAUAUGCGACCUGGGUGUUUGAUGUGCGAGAAUAAU